AWAGGGACCAAACGUUGUGGUCUUUGAAGACUCAGUUUUAUAGCUGCAAAGAUAGACAGCAGGGUUACUACAAUAAACAUUGGGAAAGGUGGGACAUCCAUUGCUGACUGACGCAAACAGKUAGUGUAUUAAACAUAUAUGCAAAUUUUUCGUUCGCAAUCACGAAACCAAACAAAAAUAUUUUAAACAAACAUUGCGACCAGUGCACGUGUGCAAAUUUUUAGGGCUCUUUUCACUUUUCUUAAUCCUGUGAGAAAGGCGCGAUGGACAACAAAAAGCAAAGAAAACCAAGAAAAAACUACACUCAAGUCGAAGAUACUCUUCUUCUUCAAGCUGUGCAAACAUGUGGAAGAGAGUGGAAAAGCGUUUUGAGUUUUAUGAGAAGGCAUGUUGAGGUUUUGGGAGAAKSAGGUGAUCAGUAUUUGGCAGAAGGAAAUUCCAACCAAGUGUUGCAGGAGCGAUUAAGGAAGAGARGUACUAAACUGCUUAACAACGCUCUUCCUUCAAGGAAUGCCAGUGAAGCAAGCACGUCAAAUAAAAUAAUUGAUGAAGAAUACUCGUCCGCAUCCAGUGUGAAAGAAACUUGUAAUAAAGAUACUGAAGAAGUUGAAGACAUUUGCAGAGCUAUCAAUGAUCGCGAAACAAAUUAUGUGUUAGAUGCAGAAAAGAACGAACCAAAUGACGACCCUGCUGACAUCCUUACACGAAUCAAGAAAACAAGACAAAGCGAGAGGAUGG